GUGAAUGACUGCCGGCCUUAUCUGUUACCUUUGAAUUUCUCCAUGGGCGGCGGCGACUACUUGCUUGAUGCAGAUUUAGAUUCCGUUUCCGGCGGCGACGGACGGAGUUCAGUGGUGGAGAUUCGCCGUGGAGGUAAAUCGUGCUCUCAAAAUAACGGGGAUUCGGUGUUCGGAUCGGUACCGUCUCGGUUUGAAGUCGAGAAGGCGAUUCUCGAUCUGGAAAGGUUUAUGAGCGGCCUUUCCAAUUCUAAAUCAGAGCUUAAUGGUGUUAAAGGAUUGCUGCAUGAUCAGCAGUCAAAAAUCCUGGAAGCUCCUGGAUUUGCAAAAUUUAUGGAAGCUUUCUCUAUGAUGCGAUCGGACCCAGCGUUUCAGAAAUCUGUCGCCUCCAUUUCUAGUGAUAAAGCUGUUUGGGAAGCCCUUAUGAGUAAUAAGGCGGUUCGGCGUUUGCAAGAUUCGAUCCCUAAAGCUAAACAACAGGAGCUCCUAACAUACAGUGAAGAACCGGACAUAGCGAUCCUUAUCUUGAAAUGGAUCACGGACUUCACCAAAGCAAAAAUUUUAGAACUGGUGGACAAAUUCUUAUUGCUGGUGAACGAGAUUCUCCAACCGGUUUUGAAGAGGAGACCUUCCUCGGAUCGCCCCCAACUUUUGGAUGAGAAAGUUAGAUCAUCGUUUGUGCUCUCUGUGGUUAUCAUUCUGAUUGUUAUUACCACUCGAAGCCAGGGCUAACUCGAUGGAGCUCAAGAAUGCGAGUUUUCUGACGGAAUCGGAUUAAAGCAAUGCUUGGAUGUGUGCAUAUGGUUGGUGCCGGGCCCAGCGACCACAUGGUCGCACAGCCACGCCGGGCCGGUGAAAGGAUUGUUAUUAGUACGAUGACGAAAGCAAUUUGUUCCGCAUAUGGAAUGGGUAUGUAUCUAUUGUUCUACUAUAUUCUACUAUAUUGCGAGUCUUUGUUGCACUAUUCAUCAACUGUUACACUGUCGCUCUCUCAAUGAAUCGACAUUCUUGAGAAAGAUACAAAACAUACCCGUGUUGCAUUGCAAUGUCUCGUGGUUUUUUGUUUUU